GAACUUGCACCGAGUACCUAGCGCCCGGCUCUGCGAAUCAUGGUCUUGCGCUGGGAGGGGUAUGUUUCCAUGUUUUCCCAGACCAAGUAUGGCAUGCAUGGCCUAGUCUGCAUUGGCCUGGAUCCCAGCAAUGAGGUUGGCCGCUGACCGGGCCUCGAAGGACCGGGAAAACCGGGUUGAUGAACUGUCCCGUCCAACAAGCGAGCGAGCGCCGUCCUGCUUUCCGAAGGGACUUUGUGGUUCAUCCCGUCCAGGAUCGUCCUGCAGAGGGAAUUUGACGCGGACUCGGCGUCUUCUCCGAUUCCCUCUCCGUCCUCGCUACACAACUGCCAUAUCAAGACUCUGUCUGUCCAGGACAAGAAAGCUCCCAAUAACCACCCACCCACCAAAGAUAGUCCGUCUGCAGUCCUGUCCACCGUGGACGCCGACUGGCGUUGCUGCCCCGCUCUCCAGCGACGAACUAGAAUGGCCCAAAUGCCCGGAAUCACUCAAGAACAGCCGAUAUUGGCAUCGUGGGCGCGCUACUCCUGGACCGCACUGCUCCGGCCAUUAUUCAGGUGCGUUAAGUCGCCCCAACCCGAGUAAUAUCGAACAGGGACAAGAAGCACGUUCUGCAAGCGACAAUGGCUCUCGUCGGGUCCGGCACGCAUUGGGCCCUAUCUGCACUGCCUUCGAGGUGUUUCUGCGCCUGCAUGCAUGUCCUCGACUGGAUUCCAGCAGUACCUCGCCUCCUCUGCCUCCAUACCAUAUAACCCUAGCCGGGAUGCUUAACCUACGUGUCAAUGCAGCAGCGCAAUUAUGGAGUUAGUUAACCCCGACACAUUGGUUCUGACCAGACCAGAUCCAGUCGCGGACCCGGAAUCUCGAAGGAUGGCGUUCCUUGCGACAUCGGUAGAGACCCUCGACUCUGCUUCUACCAACUCAACGCACAUAGAUGCCCAGAGCAAACGGAUACCGCAUGAGUUAUAGGUACCCUUGGCUUGCUGUACUCCCCAACUUCCCUA